UCCUCGUUAUUUGCCAUAUCCCGGGCAUGCCCGGUUAAGUUAUUGCUUCUAUUAACGGUAUAAAUUGGUUAAUGCAAUUAAAUACUACCCACUGUAUGUCUGGCGUCCGUUAACAUGCGAUAAUGCUUCUCUUUGAUUAUGAAUUGGUGAUAACGGGCGAAAAUAAACAAGACUCGGUGCUAUGUUGCAGUGAGAGCUCUCAUAAAUCAGUGUAAUUCGAGUCUUAUUCACAAUCACAACGUGCUGCUGAUUCUUAUAGUCAUAAAAGAGCGAAUACGAUUCGUUUUCUGUUGAUCAGAUUCAGUCCGAGUCCUCAUGGCGCUAUCCAAAAGGCGAUUAAUUCAAGCACUUAUUACGUGCUGGACAUUGUUCGGCACUUUAAAAGCUCAGGAAGAAGCGCAUCUUCCUGAAUAUUUGGUAUUUAUGAAGCAGUUCGCGGUGCACAUACAGAUAAGAGAGCCCUCCGGCAUCAUGAUCUGGACCAGGGAUAGUCCGCUGAUUGAGAUGUUCGGAUUGGAGCUAUACGUCGGUCGGAGCAAUCACAGCCACCGGGAACCGUUAUGGGACAGAGAGUUGCUGAUUAACACAACCUCGCUUGUGGACGGUAAAUUUCUCAUUCAUGACGCUGACAUGGUGGUAGAACUGGGAGAUACUAUUCGCUACCGUUUUUCGAUUUUACACAAGCAAACUCUAUCGCACAGCAAUUUUCGACGGAUCCUGGUCACAGAUCAUCUGUUCUAUCGACCCAAGAACAAUUAUUGCUUCUCUCAAUGUCUCGCCAGCGAUCAACGGCAAACGCACGAGGAGAUUGCACAUCUGAAGGAAAUCCUCGAGCAAAAGAUAAAACAUUGCAUCGGAUCGCAAGCCUCAGAGUAUUUGUUCUUCCCGUUGGAGAAUGCCGCAAAGCUGGUAGCUGAUCCGGAGCUAUACGUGAAGUCACGGCUUUGGAAUGUUGAAGCACUGAGGCCGCUGGUUAACAGCGUGGUCACAACGUACCUAGCCCACAACGGGGUUGGUUUCCGAAUGUACACGCUGAUUGACAAAUUUAAAGUGCUGGAGCUGGGCCAAGGGUAUCUGGACGUGAUUGAUUUCGAUUCAGUGUUGCAGGAGUCUGACUAGAUGCGGCUAAUCGGUGUAAAACGGUUUAUUGCAUUCGUUUCAACUAACACUAUGUGUUUUCAAAAAAAAAAAAAAAAAAAGAAGCAAGCAUCUUAACUGGCAAUUUUUAAAACGACUAAACCCAAUGCGCGGACGUUACAGAUAAAACACUUUAAAAACCGAAACUCAACUCUAGCUAUCAAACUGGGCAGAAUAAACGAGCGCAAAACAAUGCCAACAAUG